CAAUUUGGGCCAUAGCCCAAAAACCGAAAGGCGAUAUUAUUAAGCUUUACAAAACCCUAAUUUCGAUGCUCUCCACCAUUUCAACAUACAUACCGGUGCGCCGUCCCCAUAGUACAGUCACACACUCUCACACACAGCACCCUCCGCGAUGGGUCGUGUAAUCCGUGCACAGCGUAAGGGAGCUGGGUCCGUUUUCAAGUCCCACACCCACCACCGCAAGGGCCCGGCCCGAUUCCGUUCCCUCGACUUCGGCGAGCGCAACGGUUACCUCAAGGGCGUCGUCACCGAGAUCAUCCACGACCCCGGCCGUGGAGCGCCGCUUGCCCGCGUCGUUUUCCGCCACCCUUUCCGUUUCCAGCAUCAGAAGGAGCUGUUUGUCGCCGCCGAGGGCAUGUACACCGGCCAGUUCGUCUACUGUGGCAAGAAGGCAAAUUUAGUCGUUGGAAAUGUCCUGCCGCUCAGAUCUAUUCCCGAGGGUGCCGUCGUCUGCAACGUCGAGCAUCAUGUGGGUGAUCGUGGAGUUUUCGCUAGGGCUUCUGGUGAUUACGCUAUUGUUAUCUCCCACAACCCCGAUAAUGACACUACUAGGGUGAAGCUCCCAUCAGGAGCAAAGAAAAUAGUGCCCAGCGGCUGCCGUGCCAUGGUUGGCCAAGUUGCCGGCGGUGGGCGUACUGAGAAGCCGAUGCUGAAAGCCGGAAAUGCCUAUCACAAGUUCAGAGUGAAGAGGAACUCAUGGCCCAAGGUGCGUGGUGUGGCUAUGAACCCUGUUGAGCAUCCUCAUGGUGGUGGUAACCACCAGCACAUUGGCCAUGCCAGCACUGUGCGCCGUGAUGCGCCGCCAGGGCAGAAGGUGGGUCUCAUUGCCGCCAGGAGGACAGGUCGUCUCCGAGGUCAGGCUGCCGCCACUGCUGCCAAGGCAGACAAGUGAAGGAGGAGGAGUGGGGACUUGGUCAGAAUUUGUUGCUCUUGCUUUCAAUUUGUCUUCAGUUUUUUAUGUGUUGUUGUCCCAAGGAUAUUUUGGUUGUUGUUUUGCUGAGAAUUAUGGAGAUUGUCAUCUGUCCUCAAGCUUCUCUAGUCAAGUUUCAAGUACUUUUAAGUGAGGAAUUUGCAAAAAUGCUACUUUUUCUUUGUUAAGCAAAAACUAGUAUGAAACUAU